ACGUUAGUUCGUUACCUAUAGACGUGAUUUGCUGUUUUCCGGUCAACGGUCCGCCGCUUCUCUCAUCACUGGCAGCCAUCUUUUAUCAGAUCCUUGUCUGCUCCCAUUCUGUCAGUCUUCAUGACUGAUUGAAUGCAGUGAAACCGGCAUCAGUGGACGAGUGCACGCACAGGGGUCCAUCGAUUGGUCAAGGAUGACCAUGGGAGACAUGAAGAAUGAUGCAGCUGCUGCCUCGCUGGCUCCGAUGGCUCUCUACACCGUGAUGUUUCCUGUUUUUAAGGAGUUGGAGAAGAUCAAUUUAUCAGCAGCGCAGACCUUGAGAACAGCUUUUAUAAAGGCAGAGAAGGAGACCCCGGGCCUUACCCAGGACGUUGUUGUCAAAAUAUUGGAAAAGAAGAAGUUAAAAAUUAACUAUAACGAGUCUCUGCUUCGCAUGGCUGGAGAUGAUAUGCAGGAGUUGAUGAUUGACAGGAAAGAGCCAGAGUUCCAGGAGCUGAACGAGAGGGCCCGAGCUCUGAAACACAUCCUAAGCACCCUGCCUGAUGAGAUCAAUGACCGAAUGGGCUUGCUACAUACCAUCAAAGAUGUUGCCAGUGCCAUCAAGGAGCUGCUAAACACUGUUAAUACUGUCUUAAGGAAAUACCAACAUCAGAACAGACGGGUAGUGGAACAGCAGAAGAAAGAGUUUGUGAAAUACUCCAAGAGCUUCAGUGACACUCUCAAAACCUACUUCAAAGAUGGAAAAGCAGUAAAUGUGUUUGUCAGCGCCAACCAGCUCACCCACCAAAUCAACAUGAUAAUGCGGGCCUUCAAGACUGGCGGCCCAGCGGCGGCGGCCCGAGAAGACGCGAAGAACAGACGCGCGCAGACACAGGAGAAGCGUUUUCAUUAGAGGACAGGCGAAACAAGGCUUUUUAUUUGUAAAGGUGUUUUAUUAUUUUUUUUGGGGGGGGGCUGUAUAAUUUAUAAUUCUGUGGCUCUGAGGGGAGAUCAGGUAGUUUCGAGUUUCAAAGCACGUCAGGCUGACAGUAAUUGCUGGGGAUUUUUUUUACUCUUUAAUGUUGUUCUUUUAUCAGAUUCUUAAGUCAAUAUUUUCUACGCUCCCCUCUGCAUUUUCCACUCUGUUCAGAUCAUGUCAGUGUUUCCCUUGUCCUUAAAAGUUUGGCAAUUGCAUAUAAGUCCUUAAAAGUUAUCAUUUUGGCAAUUACUAAUAUCCAGCCAAUACGGUUUGUAGUCAUUUGUAAUUUGAUUGAUUUGCCAAAGACCAAGAUGCCAUCUUUAAAUGUUUUGUUUUUUGUUAUUUUGUUCUGACCAAAAGCCCACUGAUUCUAACCCUUUUUCUUUAGCUCCCCAUAGGUAUUAUCUAUAUGUGCCAUGUGUAUAUACAUGUAUACUUAACUGGACUUCUCUCGCUGUCUUGUAUUUUAAUGUUUCCAGCUAGAGCGUUACUGCUCCAAAGCUGCAGAUUUCAAUUCAUUUCAAAUGAGUGACGACUUAACCUUCACAUGUUUACGCAGAUGUCUCUGAUUAUGAACAUAUUGUCUCUUUGUCACCUUCUGUUCAACUCCUACUCUGUAGUUUUCAUGACGUUUUCAAGGCCUGUGAAAAUAAAAUGAAGGGACCUGAACUUCUUUGAGAACUCUUAAAGAAGUCAUGACGAGUUAAACCACUUUUCUUCUUCUUCUUCCUCUUGCAAAUUAAAGAGUUCUGACGUGUGAGAAAGAUUUUUCCAAAA